UAUAGUUUUACCUUGUAUAUUGAUACUUAUGUAUAUAUACUUACAAUACAUGUGUACAUAUAUACAAGAGAUUGUAAUAAGUAUUUGGCAUAUUACUAAAUCAUUUUAAAUUAAUCAUUCCUGAUUAUCCUAUUGAUGCGAGAACAUUUGAAGCAUGAUAUUGAGAACUGAAUUAAAGUGAAUUGACUUUAACUUAUAAAAAGUACUGAGACAUUGAAAAACUUACUGGCGUUGUUUACUUGAAAUAUCUUACCACGUGCUUUAUUAUAAUCAGCAUAAACAGAACACUAACCACUUUUUACAAUAAAUCAAAUUAAUAUUGCGUUAAAUAGGCACAAAACAGAACAUCUUUCACUGACUAUUUAACAUAUAUUGAAAUCAAAAUAUCAAAAUAUUACAAAGAAUUUUUGUGAGAAUCGAUUCUGGAACUUGUAGCGCUAGUAGCAAUGUUCAGAUGAUACGUUUGUUAUUACCGCGGUAUAGGUUAUGUUAUGAUUUAAAAAUUUAAAGGAACGACAAAAUGAAUAUUGUCGGCAGACAGUGGACCCGAAUUUUUAAGACAGAUAUAAUGCAUAAUCAAUUUUGUAUUCUCGGAAGAGCCCUUGCUUACAAAAGUGCUUUUUCUCUUGAUAAGCUAUAUCCUACAAGCAACUUAAAACUGUUCACGCCAACCUUUGUUCCUGAUGAUUCAAAUGCUAAAUUUGAUGGCUAUAUACCAAUUAAAGAACUUGAUAUCACCUAUAGUCGUAGCAGCGGUGCUGGAGGACAGCAUGUAAACCGCACAAAUAGUAAAGUAGAUUUAAGGUUGCAUGUAGAAAGUGCUACGUGGCUAGCAGAGGAUAUUAGAAAUAAAUUAUUGGAACAGUAUAAAAAUAAAUUAUCUAAAGACGGUUACUUAAUAAUCAAGUCAGAGUUAACAAGAUCUCAACAAUUAAAUUUAGCUGACGCUCUUCAAAAAUUGAGAGAAAUAAUAUGGAGAGUGGCAAAACCACCAUCAGAAAUACCUCCUGAAACUUUGGAAAUGAAAAGAAAACAACAUCUUCGAGCAGCAAGACAAAGGCUUUUUGAAAAACGAAGACGUUCUGAAAUCAAACAAUCUAGAGGAGCUCCUACUAUGGACUUUUAAUCUUCUUUAUGUUAUAUGUUGUGAACAAAAUAGUUUUCAAUAAAUGAAAUAUAAUACAAAAUAUGUAAUCAUAGAAUAUAUGUAUGUAUUAUUAUAACAGUAAUGACUUCGAAUAUUAGAGAUGUUUAAUAUUA